AUGUGCCAUACCAACAAUAGGUGCACCUGUUCAGAUGGGCGCAGCGUUCGUGUCUGGGAACUGGGGAAUGCCGCCGAUUCAUGGUCGCGCCCGCGUCCCGAUACUGUCCCGAACACCGGCCAGCAGCCGAACAACAACACCCCGCAAGGCAGCCAGUCUUCACUCCCACCAUCGAAAAACUCCUCCGUCCCUCUCUCGUCUACUACCCCGCCCGGCCGGUUCCCCACCACUGGCAUUUUCCAGGUCCCGACCCCCGUUGAGAAGGAAGGCGAUCUCCCCGAGCACCUUUCAAUAGACGCGAUCAAGCGAUCCUUGCCGAAGACCGCCCGGAAGGUCCGUUCGAACACCACGGCCGCUGGGGACGCUUGCCCGUGGGAUAGACUCGAACACCUCUUCCACGCAUAUGUGAAAUCCAUCGACACCCGCCCUGGCGCCGUGGCACGAGGCUUGGGGAUGGACUCCGCCGUCCGCAUCUGGGAGCUGGUAUUCCAGAAGGAACAAUUCAUGCUACUGAUGCGAGAUUGGCUUCUGUACCGGCACCAGUGGUUCGGAAUCAGGGAUAUUCUCGACUCGCAGGACCCGGCCAGUGGGAAGCCCCGCCAGUGGAACAAGUUCCUCGGCAAGGAAAUCCAGGCUCAGGCGAAAAACCCGGAGCUCUGGCGCGAGUGGGCGAGAGAUGAACGUCCUGGUACUGUACACCCAAUCCUUGACCACAUGAUUCCUGAAAUCCUCAAAGGGGAGGUGUUCAGGUAUGCGAUGCCAUAUAUGCCUGGCUCAUUGCUUCUGGAGUGA